UAAACUCAAGUCUAACCAACAACCGAGCUAUAGGUUGCAUGGAAAAUAAGCCUAUCAAAGCUUGGAACUUUCUGUUAGUGUUAUUGAAGCUUCUCUAGCUAGCUAUAUACAUCCCUUUUGCUAGAAGACGCUGAUAUAGCAAAAAUUGAUUCAAAAGAACAACCCACUUGGCUACAUCUAUCAGAUUUGUCCUACCAAUCUUAUCUUAAUUUGCCAUUUUUGUGAAGUUUUCAAAAUGGUGAUGGGAAAUAGAGCUCCAAACAAACUGGAAUGGAGGAUAAAUGUACGUAAUGGGACAUCAGAGAUACUACAGCCUAAGACUGGUUUAGUCCACAGAGUCUGGUCAUGGUUGAAGGGUCUGCUGGGAGAAUUCAUGUUGAAAAUUUGGAAUUUUUUGGAGAAGGCUAGGAACAUAGCGGUUGCUGAGCCUAAAAAGGUUAUCCAUUGUCUCAAAGUAGGGGUGACACUAACUAUCGUGUCACUCUUCUACUAUAUGAGGCCUUUGUAUGAAGGCGUUGGAGGGAAUGCUAUGUGGGCGAUUAUGACAGUUGUGGUAGUUUUUGAAUACACUGUGGGGGCAACACUAUAUAAAUGUAUUAACAGAGCAAUAGGCACUUUCCUUGCUGGUUCACUUGGCGUUGGCGUUCAUUGGGCUGCAAGUCACUCUGGAGAUAAACUCGAGCCCAUAAUUCUUGGAAUCUCAGUUUUCCUUCUUGCUUCAGCAGCAACCUUUUCGCGGUUUAUACCAUCCGUUAAAGCCCGAUUUGAUUAUGGUGUUUUGAUUUUCAUCCUGACCUUUAGCUUAGUGUCCGUUUCUGGUUAUCGCGUGGAUAAAUUGAUUGAUGUUGCACGUCAGAGGUUGUCCACAAUUGCUAUUGGGGCCUCCCUUUGCGUUCUCAUGUGCAUGUUAUUCUACCCAAUCUGGGCUGGCAAAGAGCUUCACAAUUUGAUUCAUCGUAACCUGGAAAAGCUUGCUGAUGCAUUAGAUGGAUGUACUGCUGAGUACUUUACAGACAGCAGUGCUGGAGAUUCUUGGAAGAAAAUUGGAGGCUAUAAAUGUGUUCUUAAUUCAAAGGCAGCUGAAGAUUCUAUGGCUGGCUUUGCAAGAUGGGAGCCUGCACAUGGUCGAUUCAACUUCCGGCAUCCAUGGAAGCAGUACCUAAAGGUCGGGGCGUCGCUGCGAAGCUGCGCAUAUUGCAUUGAAACUCUCGAUGGUUGCCUAAACUCAGAAAUUAAGGCACCUGAGCUUCUAAGGAGGCAUCUCAGUGAUGCCUGCAUCACAUUGAGCUCCUCUGCUUCGUUUGUCUUGAAAGAAUUGGCUACUACAGUUAAGACCAUGAGAAAAUCAUCAGAAAUAGACUUCUCAAUUGGAGAGAUGCAAUUUGCAGUACUAAAACUUGAAAACGCCAUGAAAUCUCUUCCUAACCACCUUGUUGCCACACCAUCCUCAACAUCGGAUGGAGAUGCCAAAGCAGAGCCUAUCAGAAAAACCACUACACCAUCAUCUGUCAUGGACAUUCUUCCACUAGCAACACUGGUAUCUAUGCUAACAGAAACGGCAGCAAGAAUCAAAGAAAUUGCUGAUGAAGUCAAUGAGCUUGCAAAGCUUGCAGCUUUCAAGCCUCCUAACACCAAAAAGGCUAGCCAAAGCCAAUCCAGCAACCAAGUUGACGAGCCAUCAAACAAUGAAGAACGCACCAAAGGUCUGGGAUAAUCCUGAUUGCACUAUCCAUUAACUCCUGUUGUUUCUGGUAGAAAACUAAUGAAGCACACAGUACUCUACAGCAAAGCAGAUCGUAAUUGCCAAAACUUUUUAAGCUAUGCUUAAAGAAACCUUAUUUUCAGUUGCCAUGCGUAAAAAGCAACUUCUGUCCUUACUCUCCCAGGAUGUACUCGUGCUGGUCAUUUAAGCACUUAUCUCCUAAUGGCAUGUUAAUUUAACUCACAGGUUGUUUUGAAA